AUACGAUACUAGACACAGCGCUGGCGUGGAUAAAUGUAGAGCGCCGCGUGUUUGCUAUGAUCACGUUCCGGGACAGUCGACAUCUCGUCUCAGGUCCCUCUACCGGCUCAACGCCACUGUAUAACCUGUCCGUCCAGUGCAAUGUCCACCGCUGAUUCGCCCCCCAUUCAUGCUAAAGAGUCGUCACGACCUGAUCUGCGGGUGCGUCCAGCGCUCCCCAAACCAGCUACGUUUUGUACUAGUGAACUGAUAGUCUGGGCUGCGCCUGUUUCGUCCUUUCGUGGGCGCAUAGGACCAAAGAAUCUACGGAACCGUUUCGCAAACUUGCAUUCGUCAUCUCAUAUUGACGCGCUCGUCGCUCCUUCAAUCUUGGACACCUCUGUUGCUCUUUAAAAGUACGGUCGGCGCAUCGCCAGUUUCUGCGCUCGCUGCUUUUACAUUACAUACUUGCGUGGUAGUCUCCGGCGCCGGUGUUGCUGCCGCAGCUCAGGCUUGUGAACUAACUUAGACGUUUAGUCUAGCGACGGCGUGGUUUGCCUGCGCCAAAGGACAGCGUAUGCGACUCACAGGUUACUUUCUUUUUCUCAUCGACUUGAACCGAUUUUGUGAUUCAAGACGCUGACAACCAACAUGAGGGCUGCGACACAAACAGUCGUCGAGCUGCUUGCUGCUGCUGCUGCUGCAGGGACGGCACAAGCGCAGGUAGUGUCGCCCUACACAGUCUCUUCCACCGGUAUAGCGCUCGCUCCCUUUACUGUCAUGCUAUGAUCCGUCAUCGUCGUCAGAGUGCUAACGUGCUGCCUAGCUGCCAUCAUAAAGUCGGCCAGCGGUCUCGCGUGGGACCUCCUUCAAUACUACAAAGGCAACUUGACUGGUCAAACGCCCGGCAUCCUACCCGGUCCGCCUCCUGCCGGCGACUACUACUGGUGGGAGGGCGGCGCCAUGUGGGGGACGCUGAUCGAUUACUGGCACUAUACAGGCGACGGGACGUACAACCAAGAAACCAUGACGGCGAUGCUCUUCCAGACUGGCGACGGCAACGACUACAUGCCCAGCAACGUCACGCUGUCUCUGGGAAACGACGACCAAGGCUUCUGGGGUAUGUCGGCCAUGCUGGCGGCCGAGGUCAACUUCCCCAACCCGCCGUCGGACAAGCCGCAGUGGCUGGCUCUGGCACAGGCCGUCUUCGAGACCCAAGCAAGCCCCGACAGGCACGACACUACCUGCGGCGGUGGUCUACGGUGGCAGAUUCCCGUUACCAAUGCCGGCUACGACUACAAGAACUCCAUUGCCAACGGAUGCCUGUUCAACCUCGGAGCCCGCCUCGCUCGCUACACGGGCAACAUGACGUACGCAAAGGUGGCCACCGACACGUACAACUGGGUGGAAUCGGUCGGAUUCAUCGCCAAGCUGUCGGACGGCUACCACAUAUACGACGGAGCCCACGUAGAGGACAACUGCACCGACAUCAACAAGGUCGAGUACUCUUAUAACAAUGCCGUCUACGUCCAAGGCGCCGCUUUCAUGUACAACAUUACAACUGGCAGCGAGCAGGCCCGCUGGAAGACGGAAAUCGACGGCCUCGUACAGCGCGCCCAGGGCUUCUUCUUCAAGAACGGCGCCGCGUACGAGCCCGCGUGCGAGCCGGGCAACACCUGCACCACAGACAUGCUCUCCUUCAAGGGCUACAUCCAUCGAUGGUACGCUAACGCCGUGCAGAUGGCGCCGUACCUGGCAGAGACGAUCAACCCGCUGCUCGAAUCGUCCGCCAAGCUGGCCACCCAGCAGUGUACGGGCGGUACCUACGCGCGCCAGUGCGGUUUCGACUGGAGCGCCGGCGCCUACGCUGCCAACCCGGGCACCGGUGCCGGCCAGGAGAUGAGCGUCCUCGCUGCCGCUAUAUCGCUUCUUGCCACGCCAGACAACGGCGCCAUCACGGCCAAGACGGGCGGCACCUCCCAAGGCGACCCCAACGCCGGCCAGAACCCCAACAGCUACAAGGCGUCGAAUGUCACGACGGCGGGCAAGGUUGGCGCCGGCUUCAUCACCGCUGUGCUCAUCGUGCUGGGGCUUGGAAUCUUUGGCUGGAUGACGGUGGACGGCUAGUAGGGCGUGACUGUAGCCUACAGACACUUGAUUACCCACAGUCACUCCCGGGUAUGCGCAGAGCAUAUGUCACGUAGCUGUCCAGGUAUUAUGAGAAAAGUUCGCUAAACAUAAUGCUAUUGUUGACUAUUCUAUAUAUAAGAUAGAAAGAAGACAACAAACUUGAAGGAGGACAAAUCCCUUUCCUCCUUCCACAGUUCACUUCUCUAUUUCUAUACAAGGUCGUUGUGGUCCUGCCAGCUGGCGGCUUUCCUUUGCCAGCUAGUAAGCGAACACGUCGCGUAGCAAC